UGGGUUUUCAAUUUUGGGCAGUGAGUAAGAGAUUUGGCCUUUCCUUCAAUUCUUUUUCUCCCCUAAUUCUUAUUUUAUUUGGAGGGGCUUCCUGGCUGGGUGGGGAGUGGUGGUUGGAUUUGGAUUGGAUUGGAUGGGUGAUGGUUUUUAGAGGGAGUUAAGCUUCACCCUGUUUUUGGUUGGAGGAAAGGGGAAAAGAAACUCAAUUCUCAAGGAACCGAGGGAGGAAGAAAUGCGGAAAUCGUUUAAGGAUUCUCUCAAGGCUCUGGAAGCUGAUAUUCAGUUCGCCAAUACCCUGUCAGGUCCUCUGUUUAUCCUGCUGAAUACGAUGGGGGAUGUCUUCAGAUGAGGCUAUCUUACAGCCCUGCCGCUCACAUAUUCCUCUUUCUAGUCCAAUGGACCGACUGCAAUCUCGCCGGAGCCUUGGGGUUGCUCCGAAUACUCAUCUAUAAGGCUUAUGAAGAUGGGAAGACAACGAUGUCAGUCCAAGAGAGAAAAGCUAGCUUGAAGGAGUUUUACGGGGUGAUAUUUCCUUCUUUGAUGCAACUCCAGAGAGGGAUUACUGACGUGGACGAGAGGAAACAGAGAGAAAUCUGCGCCAAAUACAGGAAGAAAGACGAGACGGACAAAGGCAAGCUGACUGAGAUUGAUCUUGAAAGGGAGGAAGAAUGUGGGAUAUGCAUGGAGAACAACACCAAAGUCGUGUUGCCAAAAUGCAGCCAUUCUCUCUGCCUCGAGUGCUACAGAACCUGGUUUUUUUGGGCUGUUUCAUAGGCGAGCGAGGUCGCAGUCGUGUCCAUUCUGCCGGGACAGCCUGAAGAGGGUGAACUCAGGUGAUCUGUGGGUCUACACCAGCAACAAUGAAGUAGCUGAUCUGUCAGCUAUAACGAGGGAGAACUUGAAGAGAUUGUUCAUGUACAUCGACAAGCUUCCUCUCAUAGUUCCUGAUCGAAUGGUUGUUUCCUAUGAUUUAAGGUACCAGUAGCAACAAGUAGGAAUUGGGGGAAAGCUGAUUGGGAAUGGUUUGUUUGUGUACAUAAAAAUUAGCAGUGUUGGGUUAUUUGUGCGUGGUUGCCUAUUAUUGACGCAACAACCAGUCAUUUUUAUUCUUCUGUUUGUGGGCUCAUUUUUUUGUUCCGGUAGUGUAGAAGUGGGAUUCAUAGCCUGUAAAUAAUUAGACCUUCCUCAUCUUCAGAAGUGUUGAUAGAGUGGAAGCAACGGAUGAUUCGUUGUUUAAUGGUAGCCUUGUUGAUAUGAUUUUAACCUUGACUUGUGCUGAUAGUUAUGGCUAGGAAUGGCAUUGGGGAAUUCUACCCAUUGGGUCGACUUGUUGGUAUAUGGGCCAUAUGAGUAUUGUGUAG